UCAACGUCCUGUGAAAAAGAAAUUUCGGGCGUACCCUUCAAAAAGUCUUGAUGUUUUUAAUAAUAAUAUUUCUGCUGAAGAGUUGAAAAAGUUAUUUAGGCCUCAACAGAAAAGAAUUUCUUUUUUCUAUAACCCACACCUUGUGUUGUUACACUUUGCUCUGUUUUGUCUAAAGCAAUUACGAACUUUAUGUAUUUUAAUGGUUACUCACACUUUUACUCGGCGUGUUGUUCUUCCUUGCUUGUGUGUUUGGAUUCUACUCUCGCACAUACAAGGCAUUCACUCAGAGAUUUUAAAUCAAAUUAAUCUCACACUCUCCUUCAUUGUCUGGUGGCUUGGCCUAGGAAUUCUGUCUAGCGUAGGUUUAGGAACUGGCAUGCACUCCGGUCUCCUUUUUUUGUUUCCUCAUAUAUUCAAAGUCAUUGCAGUUGCUGAAGAGUGUAGCUUUACUUUGAUGAAUGGCUUGGAUAUCCGAAAAGACACGUGGUUUAACUCGGUACCGUUCACGUGCCCAACGAAAUUUGAAAGUAUUAAAUAUAAAAACAACUUUCUUCGAAUAUUUCUUACUGUGUUCCCUGCAUGUUUCAUAUGGGGCACAGGAACUGCGCUAGGAGAGAUCCCCCCUUAUCUGCUUAGCAGAGCUCUUCGGCUUUCAGGAGAAAAAAAUAAAGAAAUAGAGGAAAUAGCACGGCCUCAUUCUUACUGGGACAUUAUGAACUGGUCAAAAGAAUGGAUGGUUCGAUUUAUGAAAACAUGUGGAUUUUGGGGCGUUUUUCUCAUGUCCGCGUGGCCCAAUAUGGCCUUCGAUCUUUGUGGCAUAUGCUGCGGGCACUUUCUUAUGCCGUUCAAUACUUUUUUCUUGGCCACGUGGCUUGGAAAAGCCGUCGUGAAAGUAAAUGGUCAAGCGUUAUUCUUCAUUAUUAUAUUUAGUGAUAAAUAUCUGCAAAAAAUGUUGGACUUUACCAAAAUCAUAGCACCGCCAUCUCUAUCUUUCGACCGACCAUUGCGGGAAUUUUUUAUAGAGACGAGAAAAAAAUUUCACGCAAAUCCCAACAAUAAUAGCCGGCCCCGGUCAUUACUAUCAAAGCUUGGAAAUGCGUUGAUGAUUGGGUUGAUUGGCUGGUUUGCAAUAUCCUGCAUGGAACGAUUAGCCCAACAACACGCCGCCGAAGACAAUGCUAUGCAAAAUCGUAAAAAUGGUGCGACCAAAAAAGUUUAUUAGCGCUAUUAACAAAAAAAGUAUAGUUG